AUGUAUGAGACAAAUCUAAGCCCAUACUUUGUUGUGCACUCAGUGGCCAUCAACUCAGGCUUCAGGAACUCCGGCCUGACUGUCAGCAAGACGGGCAAGAUCAUCACGGCCGUCCACAGCACCCACGGCCUGGAGGCUCCUCUCAGCCAUGAAGGGAAGCUCCUGGUGCCUCAUGACUACAUCCAUUUCCUGUGUCAGACAGCCAAUCAGAAGAUGGAGGAGAACCUGAGAUUCAUCCACAGGUUCCACCAGAAUCUCCUGGCAGCCAUGCCUACGGAGAAACAAAAAGAACUACAAAUCCCAGAUCCUCCCAUCUCACAGGGAUCACAACAGACAGAGGAGGAGAAAACAAGUGUGUAUAAAGGGAGGCGGAAGAAAGGACGACACCAUCAAACUGAUUGUUUCCAUGGCUACGAAUCAGAGCCAGAGCUGGAUGACUGUCGGGACCUGUUCACAUGA